UACUCCAACGGACACGUGAUCAGAAAAAGUUAUAAAUAGAGGUGCUGCGCUCAUUUGUUUCUUAGACACACGGGCGCAGUGAGGAGUGACAUGGCGUCAACAAGCCGCGGAGAUGCUCUGGCCCUUCCCAGAGUUCAGUGUCCCAACCACCCUGAUGCCAUCCUAGUGGAGGACUACAGAGCAGGGGACAUGAUUUGCCCUGAAUGCGGCCUUGUCGUAGGUGACCGUGUAAUCGAUGUGGGCUCAGAGUGGAGGACGUUUUCUAAUGAGAAAGCCCUUAAAGAUCCAUCCAGAGUGGGAGACGCCCAGAACCCGCUGCUCAAUGGAGGAGACCUAACCACCAUGAUCAGCAAGGGAACAGGCGCAGCCAGUUUCGACGAGUUCGGAAACUCGAAGUACCAGAACCGGCGGACCAUGAGCAGCUCUGACCGGGCCAUGCUCAAUGCCUUUAAAGAAAUCAGCACCAUGGCGGACCGCAUCAACCUGCCCAGGAACAUCAUAGACAGAACAAACAACUUAUUCAAGCAAGUUUAUGAACAGAAGAGUCUGAAGGGGCGAGCCAACGAUGCCAUCGCCUCAGCCUGUCUCUACAUCGCCUGCAGACAAGAAGGAGUACCAAGAACAUUUAAAGAGAUCUGCGCAGUUUCCCGUAUUUCCAAGAAGGAGAUUGGUAGGUGCUUCAAACUGAUCCUGAAGGCUCUGGAGACCAGCGUGGACCUCAUCACAACCGGAGACUUCAUGUCCCGCUUCUGCUCCAACCUCGGCCUGCCCAAGCAGGUGCAGAUGGCGGCCACCUUCAUCGCCAGGAAGGCCGUGGAGCUCGACCUGGUGCCCGGCAGGAGCCCCAUCUCUGUGGCCGCGGCAGCCAUUUACAUGGCCUCCCAGGCCUCUGCAGAGAAGAAGACCCAGAAAGAAAUCGGAGACAUUGCUGGUGUUGCAGACGUUACGAUCAGACAGUCGUACCGACUCAUCUACCCGCGAGCUGCAGAACUUUUCCCUCCAGACUUCAAAUUCGACACACCUGUUGACAAGCUGCCCCAGCUGUGAAGAAGACACUGCCUACACAGUCUUGAUAUUUUCUCUGCUGUAUUUACAGGAUUGUGCUCUUUUUAAAAAAAAAAAAUCAUAUUUGUGUUGAAUUUGGAAAAUUUCUCAUCUAUGACUUCAAGCCUUUAUCAAGGCGCUCUCACAGGAAUAAAACGGACACAUUCCAGUGCUUAAAGAAACAGCUUGCAGACUGUACUUACAGUAUUUCAUUUGAGUGUAUAUACUGUAUCAUGUAUAUAUGUCCAAGUGGGAAAGUGUAAUUGAUGCUUGCAAAUUUUAGGCUGGUUUCAUACUGUAAACAUAAAACUUUGUUUUUGUAGAAAAAUGAGCAGGUUCUAUUUUGUUAGUUUGUUUGAAUUGUUCUAAGUAAUUUAAAAAACAAUAAAAGAUUUUCAUUAAAGCACGGUAA